AUGAGUACCGCUGUUGCAAUGGCUCCUUCCCCAGUACCUCACGAUAGAUCAUCAUAUAUUGAUAUCGCGCCUUCGAAACCUUCAAAUUCUCCUCCGGCGCAAAGAAUACCUACCUCGGCUAUAGCGAAUGUAACUACUGCGGCACAGCGUACAGGAAGCGGGAGUCCAAGAUCAACUCUAGCAAAACCCUCACCCAUUGCGUCUCGAAACGGUGCACCACCCAAGAUAAUCGUGAAGAAGGAACCGUCCUCGCCUGAAAUAACAGCCUCUUCCCGUCAUAGACCCCGAAAGCUUGAUCUCACGAAAAAUACCUCGAGUAUUAAUCCGGGUACUGGGAGACUAACAGCCAGCCAAUUGACAGGCAGGGGUGCUGAGAGCGGUGGACUAGGUAUUCAGGACGUCGGAUUCGCAUGUCUUUCCCCAGGCUUCCAAACACAGGAUCCAACGAUGCGAGAACAAUUACAGCGAAGUUUAUCUGUACGCGAUCAACAGAGACAUAUCAUCGAGUCGAGAUUACAACAAACGGCUAAGCCAGGUGAUGCGCCAAUGGAAAGUGCUAAAGAAAGGGAAUUGAGUGGGCUGCCAGCGAAGACUCCAGGUACAUCGAGGAGAAAGGCGCCGCCAGGACUUAGCAUUGUUGCACCGUCCCACGAGCAAUUCGCAGACGAGAGAGUAAUUCAAUCCGCUCCAAUGCACCACAGUUUUCCUGGCAGACAUCAACCACAACCUCUUACCCGUCACGUUGCAAACCAACCCUCGAAUCUUUCUAAUACAUCUCACAUCCACCACGUCCCCGCCACUCAAACGACCAACAGACUACCACCAAUCUCGGACGUCUUCGCCGGCGAGGGUUUAGGUGCACACCGUGAAUCACCACGAGCCAACUUGUACCAAAAUUCCAUCCCGAAUUCCAAUUCCUCGCAUUCUAAUUCCUCGCAUUCCAACUCGAGGCCAGGCUUCCCAUCCCCAGGACACGCCCCACACCCACCAGCAUCUGCGGGCCAUCAGCGUCCUCGGGAAUACCGUUCUGCUGAGGAUGCACAGGCUGAUCUAGCUGGUGGUCGUCCUGAACUCCUACCUAAGCUCGUACACUAUGGAAAUCACCAACCCCCUACUCCUCCAUCGCCUACCAACUUUAACGCAAGACCAUCAGAGGCUGGCCGAAACAGUGGUAGAAGAAGGCCCAGAGCAGAGUACGAAGAAGGAGCCAGUCCGCCACUCGGACAAGGUCCCCCAACUUCAAGACGAAGUGGCCCAUUCGGUGAAGGACGAGAUAGUCCAAUGACAACACAAAAGAAGAAGGAAGAGUUCAUGCGCAUAUGUGCUCGGGCUUGGGACCUUUUCCAUUCUUGA